CUGCGGCGCAGUCGCGGAUCAAAGCAGGCCAAGUGAGGUCGGACGGGCGGCAAACACACCAACAGCACUAAACAAAGGUGUUGCGAGCCGAGUGAGUCAGUGAGCCAGUGCUCGAUUGCAGCUGGAAAUCUUCUUCGCCGAAACCACGCACCAGGAUUGAUAAAUGGGAGCCCGCGAGAGCGCCCUCAGGGACGGCUACCAGCUCGACAGGGCUGGAGGCGUAAUGGGGAACGCUGCGGGCGGCGCAGCGACCUCAGGUGAGGCGGCGUGGUGACGAGUACAGGCGCAGCAGCAGGCAUCAGCCAACCCUGCGAUGGGCAACAAGCUGAGCUGCUCUUGCGCGCCGCUCAUACGCAAGGCGUACCGCUAUGAAGACUCGCCCUGGCAGACUUCACGCCGCCGAGACGGCCACCUUCUCAGCAGACUCUGGGCCGAGGUAUUCCACGUGAGCGCCAGUGGGGCAGGUACCGUGAAAUGGCAGCAAGUGUCAGAGGACCUGGUACCUGUCAACAUCACCUGCAUUCAGGACUCGCCUGAGUGCGUUUUCCACAUUACUGCCUACAACUCGCAAGUCGACAAAAUUCUCGACGUCCGACUCGUGCAACCAGGCACACGGAUCGGACAAGCUUCAGAAUGUUUUGUUUAUUGGAAAGAUCCCAUGACAAAUGACACGUGGGGCCUCAACUUCACGUCUCCCAUCGACGCGAAGCAGUUCCGAGAAUGCUGCUCGCCGUCGUUCAAGUUCUCACGUAAGGCUUCGUCGUCGUACUCGUUGCGCCUGGAGCCGCCGAAACAGAAGGUGAAAGCCAAAAGGAAGCCGCUGUCGACGCCGGCCUCGCCGUCGAGGUCGCGGGAGCCCCAGUGCACCUGCAUGACCCCGGAGCAAUACGCACGACUGCGGGCGCAGGACCCGCGCUAUCGUUCGUCAACACUUCCACGAGCGCAGUCGGUGCGUUCUGCGUCGGGCGACGACGGCACCACGCGAAGCGAGAAGGUGGCGGCCGCCACUUCGAGCACCUCUCUGUAUGACAACGUGCAGGGUGGGCCGAAACGCGGCGAACAGGCGUACAGCAGCCUGCGACAGCGCGCGGGCGGCGUAGGAGGCAACACGCAGCCCUCGCAGCAGCAGCAGCCGGAGGCCAAGGCGGCCAACCACGUUAGCACGCAGCAGAGCGGCACGACCGAAACUGCUCAGCAGACGAGCGCAGGCCGCCAGCCGCCGCCCGGAGGCAACGUGCAGCUUGGCCGCCGCGGCAAGCAGCUGGCCGACCUGAAGCAGCAGUACUACUCGGACGCGGAAACCUCCAGGGACGAGGAGUUCAGGCACAAGCGCGCCAAGAGCAAAAGCACUGACGACAUGACGCUCGCCAACGAACGCAACAUCAGUCUGGACAGCAACACGCUCAAGCGAAUGCUCAAACCCAUGCCUUCGGUGGAGAGUCCUGUUACCUCACCGGAGAUGUCGCGCCGGCGCUACAACCGGCACCACCACGGCCAUCACCACCACCACCACGGCGGCCACAUUCAGCGGCAGGAUAUGGGCAGCAGCUUCAUGUCGGAGCCUGAGAGCUCGUCGGCAGGCCCGUACCACCGGCCGGCGUCGGCGGCCGCCGGCAGCAGCCGCUUCUCCAACUCGCGGUCGGCGCAUGAGUUCGGCCGAGGCCUCUACCUGGAGCUGGAGCGCGAGCGGGGUGACAACUCGCCGCCGUCGGACAACGUGCUGUUCGACAACCAGUGCUACGCGACCACGCCCAGCUCGAGCAACGGCAACAACUCGGACAUGGAGCCUCAGGGCCAGCCGAACAACGCCAGCACGCCCGGCUCGCCCACGUCGCGCCUGCUGCUCGAGUACGAGAUGCACCUGCGCAACACGCUGGCCAAGGGCAUGGACGCCGAGUCAUACAGUCUGCACACGUUCGAGGCGCUCCUCACGCAGAGCAUGGAGAACCUCGAGUCCGCCGGUUGGAAUGACGCAAGCAACAACCGACACCUGCACAACAACAAUAACUACAACAAUAACCAGCAUCCCGCUCCCCACCACCACCACCAUCACCACCCUCAUUCCCAUUUGCAUGGCCGACGGCCAGUCAAGACGGCCGUGGCCGCUGCCAACGCCACGUGGCAAGCGUCUGGAGGGCAAAAGCCGCCGACGGGCAAGAGGACGUGUUGCAACCAAGCAAAGCACCACCACCACAAACAGGCCUCGACCAGAAGCAUCCCCGGAGAGUUCGCGGAAAAUUUGCCGACAUCUAAUCAGCGCAGCCCGUACCCGACUAGGAGAAGGCCUGGCAGCAGUGCCAGUUUGAACAAGUCGUCGACUCUGCCGCUGCCAAACCGAGGGGCCCACCCGUCGGAGCGGCCCGCGUCGGCCCGGGAGCCCCGCGAGCGAGACCGCGAGCGGGACGGCUACUACAGCGACCGCAACGAACUGGCCCGAGAACGCGAGCGGGACCGCGGCUACCUGAGCGACCACAACUCCAGGUGUGCGUCCUGCCAGAGUGAGCCCGACGAACUGGACGAACCUGAGGUGCAGGUGGUGCACCUGACUUCGCGCCAGGCCAAGCAGCUGGCCUGGUCCCGGCAGCACAACAAGGCCAGCAAGGGUGGGGGCCGCUCCGCCUGGGACUCGCUGCCCUCCCUGCGCCGCGACGGCAGCCUCACCGACUCGGCCACCCUGGCCCCGAGGGCCGACUCCUUCGAUCAGAGGAGCAGCAUGUUCGACCGCACGGACAGCUUCAGGUCGUCCGACUACUUGAGCGACCGCGAGAGCAGGUACGGAAUCGUGCAGCAGGCGUCCGUCGAGAGCGCCGACUCGCGACUCUGCUACCUGACGUCAUCAGAGGAUGUUUUGCGGAGUUUCGAUUGGAUGUCUGACGAUGACCGCAUGUCGCUGACCACGGCUGUCAGCGACGACGACGACGUCGAGAGUGUGCACAACUCGCCGUACAGAGCCAAACAGACUGGCACCGCAGCCGCCUCCUUCAACUGCACUGGCGCCGUCAGGAAAGCCGGGUUCCUCAGCGUGAAGAAGUGGCUGCUGCGGAAAAAGCACCAGAUCGAGCUGGCCAGGAAGCGUGGCUGGAAGGGCUACUGGGUGUGUCUCAAGGGCACCACGCUACUCUUCUAUCCGUGCGACUCGCGCGAAGGCCGCUCCGUCGAGGCAGCGCCCAAGCACCUCAUCAUCGUCGACGGCGCCAUCAUGCAGCCCAUCCCCGAGCACCCCAAGAGGGAUCACAUCUUCUGCCUCUCCACCGCCUUCGGGGAUGCGUACCUCUUUCAGGCUCCCUGCCAGGUGGAACUGGAGAACUGGGUGAAUAGCAUCCACUCGGCGUGUGCAGCCGCGUUCGCCAGGCACCGCGGCAAAACGGGUACUCUACACCUGCUGCAGGAGGAGAUCUUCCGGUUGGAUAAGGCCAUUGAGUCGGACCACAAACUGAAACACAUGGCUGACCUGCAGCAGAGCGUGGUGAGCGACGCAGAGACCAAGCGUCAGAUCACCGGACAAAUUGUGCAAUGGGAGGAAAACUUGGAGCGGCUGCACUGCGAGCAAUUCAGACUGCGAUGUUACAUGGCUUCCUUGCAAAACGGAGAACUUCCCAACCCCAAGAGUUUGCUGACCCACGUGUCGCGGGCCACCAAGAACACGCUCAACCGGCUCGGGGUGUUCACCGUGUCGUCGUUCCACGCGUUCAUCUGCGCCCGCAGUCCCUCGCUGCUGAACAACCUGCUGGCCGGGCGCGGGGCCACCAAGCGGCGCGCCCCGAUGCUCUCGAGGAGCAACAGCGGCUCCAGCAGGCGCUCAAUGCAGCUCGGAGGCUCUGGCUCCAGGGAGGAGUCCAACAAGGCUGCCAAGGUUUUGCUUCCAGAAGGACAGAGUGCCACAGUAAUUUUAAGAGAAGCGAUGUCUGUGGAAGAAUUCUUAGUUAGUGCGUGUAGUCGAAAAAAUUUGAAUCCAAUGGAACACUUUCUGCGUGUGAAGAAGAGGAAGGAUAUGGAGGAUCACAACUAUUUUGUACCGCACCGCACAGAUUUGGUCGAGACUUAUUUGCACACUCACGAGGUUGUAGAAGUGUGCGCCAAGAUUUUGUACCAAGUGGAGCUGCAAAGGGCCACCCUGGAGCAGAUGUGGGGCUUCUCAGUAGAAGCCGAGCUGAUUGAGAACUCAGAGCGGCAGGAUGAGUUGUGUUGCUACGUUAGCAGGGUGGAGGACAAAAGCGUUGCCAUGCAAAACGGAAUCAUUAAAGGCGAUGAAAUUAUGGUUAUAAAUGGUGCUAUCGUGAGUGACUUGGACAUGAUGUACCUCGAGAGUGUUCUGCAAGAGGAACUCGCCCUGUGCAUGAUGAUGCGUUCGUCGCGUACCGAGCCGCCGGACAUCGCCAACCUGAUGAGAGGCACCACCGACGACAUCAUCGACAGCCUAGUGUGCCCACCACCUCCGUCAGACGGUCUCAUCAGCGAGGAGGUCAUCUCCAACCUCAUAGUGCCAGCUCCAGGAUGGGCCAAGGAAAUGUAUUCGCCCGAGACGGAGAGUUCGCCCGUUCCCUCAAGUGAGGCGAGUAAAGCAUCCAGGGCGAAUUCGUUCGAGAUCGACAAUCUGCUCAAGCCAUGCUCUGCCUUGCAGACCGCUGAGCAGGUAACAGGAUUCUGUCGGUCGCCGGUGGAGACUCGCAAGUCGAGCCCCACCGGCAGCAUCAUCAGCAGCCAAUCGCAGCAGGCGGUGCUCACCCCCAGCCGCCAACUCACUGAUGCUGAGAAGCUCAGAAAGGUCAUUCUCGAGCUCAUCGACACCGAGCGGACAUACGUCAAACAUCUUAACAGCUUGUUGGAAAACUAUCUGGAGCCACUGAAACGAGAAACUUUCCUUUCAAACGCGGAAAUUAACGCACUCUUCGGCAACAUACAGGAAAUAGUUGCUUUCCAGCGGCAGUUUUUGCAGAAUUUAGACGAGGCUCUAGAAAUGGAGCCGGAAUUCCAUAAGCUAGAACAUCCUGGUCAAUUUAAGAAUGUAUUAUUCUCCAUUGGGAGUGCAUUUUUGUACUACGUGAACCAUUUCAAACUGUACAGUUCAUUCUGCGCUAGUCAUUCGAAAGCACAAAAAGUACUUCAUCCAAUAGACGAGGGAAAUCAGGCACUGCAAGAGUUCCUGGCCGCGCGCAACCCACGCCAGCAGCACAGCUCCACGCUCGAGUCGUAUCUCAUAAAGCCUAUCCAGCGCAUCCUCAAGUACCCCUUGCUGUUGCAGCAGUUCAGAAACCUCACCUCUCCGCAGUCUGACGAACACCAGCAUCUAGUCGAAGCGCUCAAGGGAAUGGAGAAGGUGGCAGAACACAUCAACGAAAUGCAGAGGAUCCACGAGGAGUACGGCGCCAUCUUUGAUCACCUCUUCAGGCAGCACCAGAAAUCGUGCAAACAGCCAAUCGACCUCAGCCCUGGCGACCUCCUCUACUACGGUGGAGUGGAGUGGCUCAAUAUAUCAGACUUCCUUGGUAAAAUUAAGAAAGGACUGGAACUGCAUGCCAUGUGCUUCGUCUUCAAGUCCGCUGUUGUGUUCUUAUGUAAGGAGAGACUUAGACAGAAAAAGAAACUAAUGGGUGGGACGAGCAAAGCCAACGCGAGCGAAGUCGAAAUUAUCCGUUACCAGGUGCUCAUUCCUGUCACCGAGGUGCAGGUGAGGGCCUCCUCAGCCAAAGACAUGGACUCGCAUUUCCUGUGGGAGCUCAUCCACCUGAGAAGUCAGCUGCAGCGACGCUCCGAGAAAGUUUACGUGCUCUCAAACAGUACUGGCGAGUUCCGCAAUGCCUUCCUGAAAACAAUCCGCCAGAUCAUCAGAGAAAGCGUGCGUAACAUGAGCAUUCCGGCGACGAAGCCGAUCGGCAACGGAUGCAACAGUGGCGGCGGCAGCAGCAGCGGCGAGGGCGGCAGCGAGAAGGGCAUGAAGCCGACGCUGCUGCCGAUGUCUGGCCCUGGCGCUCACAACUCGCACACUCUCGGCAAGCCGAAGAAGCCUCCGAAGGGCUCGCAGCGCCAUUCAGCAGGAAACAUCGACUACGACAACGUGGAGGUUAGCCGAGAGGAGGACGGGAAGGUUGUGGCUGUGGUACACCCUGAAGGAAGCAAACCGUUCAGGGCGAGAUCGAAGACGGUCAGCGAUGGCGUUCCGCCUGAGGACAGCGCGCCGUUGCUGCCGACAAAGCAGGAUUCAUCUAGCAACGACGCCGGCAGCAAGUCUGAAGGCGAGGACGACUCAAUAGCGACGGUGACGGCCAAGAAGCCCACCCUCGGCCGAACGCCAAACCACCUGAGCCUGAGCACGACCUCGACCUUGUCGGCUGGCAGCACCGGCAGUCAGGCGCGCCUGAUCCAGUCGUCGCACCAACCCGAGAACUACACGCCCCAGCCGGUGAAGGAACUAGGCUCUCCAGUGUGGAAACCAAGAGACAUGCUAGGAGAGGCCGCGACCCUGCCGCGAAAGGGUAAAACGACCUGCACCACCAGUGCGACAAUUAACUCGGCACCUGGAGAUUCCCGUAGCCUAAAGAAAUUCACUGACUAUGGUGGUGGUGGUGGUAGUGGUAGUUCUAAGUCUAGCAAAAAGUAAGCUGAAACGCUGCCGGCUGCUGCGGGGCUCGCGGGUCGUCAUCCUCUUUGUUGUACACACACUCACACACGCUCGCUAGCUCGAUCGCCUCCACUCUCUCUACUUCUUCUACACAUGUCAUAUACCAUCAAGUGCUAUAACUAACAAGAGAAGUGUCACACACACACACACACACACACACAACGCGCGCGUAGACGAGUUUUACACAGAAAAAUAAGAGACGAAAAAUGGAGACGAUGAUAUAUAUGUAAUUUGAUUAAUUAUCAAAGCGCGGGACAGCAAAAUGAUUACUGAGGUCUUUUGUAUAACAUGACACACUGGGAUAAAAAAAUGGUCGACGAGUAAAUAUAAGGCAGAGAACUGCUUUUACUCGGCAAAGGUUGCAGCUAAAACUAAAAUGUGUGCUAGAAAAGUACGACUGCGGCUGUUUGAUUGUAAAAAUCCGAUUGAUGACAAUUUGUGAGAAAAAACAUUUCAGCUGAAUUUAUUAAUAAAGAAAACACAUAAACACAUUCACAAAGAGGCCGCCUGUCGGGAUCUGCGCCGGCCACUGACCGAACUUUCAGCAGAUUUUGACAAAUUUUAUCAGCUUUUAAAAGCUUUCCAUAUUGGAACAGUGAUUUUACUCACGGAAAAGCCACUUUUAUCCCCCAUUUCAUUAAAAGUUUGCGCGGUUCGAGCCAGUGGCCGACUGAGGGCUCGGCGGGCCGUGCGGCUCCUAGAUCUCAUCAAAUGUGCUCAAAUGUUUAGAGGUUAAUUAUGAAAAAGACAAACGAGGCGUUUCUUGUACUAACUUAACCUCUCAAUCAUCACACUACUACUUAGUUUGUAAAAAAAUUGAUUCAUUAAAGAAACCGGCAAAGGAAACGAGUUCGAAUGUUUGUUCACCGCGUGCGUGAAUGGUGUCGUUUCCGCGACGAAAUCGUUUCCAGGUGGUGUCUCUCACUCUCCCCGCUGCCAUUCCUCUCACCAGCAGCACACCGACGCAGCUGGAAAUGAUUUUUGAUCCUCUCUCGUCGGACGGUCGGUGUGCGGCUGCAAAAUUUUUUGGAGCGCUCCCGAGAGCCACCCCUGUUCCGAGAAGCAGCAAAGUGAAUGGUGAUUUUGUGCAAAGAAAUGAAGCCGACCUGUGUUUCCUCCCCCCCGGUUUGAUCGAUCGAUAUAAAUAAAGUUAAUUGAUUGCUAUAUUGUUACAAAUGACGAAGAAAAUGAUGGAAAAAUCACUCGCAGUAGAACCAUCGAAAAUCUCCUGUUUUCGGACGGCGAAAACGCUUUUAAUCCCCUGUACUAAUUGUUGAACAAAAAUCAGAGUACUCAAAACACACAAUGACACACACGAACACAAACACACACACACGCAGCAUAGGUUUUAAUCUUGGAGGUUUUCUCUCGCUUGUGCUUUAAGCUCCCUGAUUGAGGUUACAUUAUAAUUAUUGUUAAUGUUAAAUAUCGAUAUUUAGAAGGAGACGAAGCAUACUUUACGCGCGACGGCACUCGGCAUUACUGUGCAUAUUAUAUUGUUUUCGUUUGAGCACAAGAGAGAGAAGUCUUGAUUAAUUUACGGUGGCACUGCCCGCCGUUUCACAUCUUGUUGGAUUAUUAUGACAACUGUGGAUGACAUAUUAUUUGACAUCUUCUUAUUAAUUAACUUGAAAAGCUAUAUUAUUCGUUAAAAUCAUUUAUUUCUGUCGAGGAAAAUUAUUGAGAAAAUUACGCGGAAAUGAGUUGCUUUUUGAAGCAAGCAUCUCGCGACGGCUUAAAGAAAAUUGUUUGGAUAAUAACACCUACUUUUAAUAUUAAAGGCGCUACAACUGACCUUUUUUGCAUUAAAAACAAUAAAAACGAUUUAAACAACAAUUUUCGUCUCUCUUUGUCUUAGCAAUAAUUGUUUAAAAGAACUCAUUCAGAUGAUUUUAAAAAAACGAAAUGAAAAUAGCAGUAAAAGAGUUAAAACGAUGGAAAAUGAUCUGUACUCUGCACUUUAUAUCACACAGUGUUACAAAAAAAGGUGAAAACAAAAGAUGAUGCAUUAAAAAGAAGAAAAUACAUUAACUGAUGAUACAAUCAUUUAAGAGUUUAUGGAAAAGAAAAUCAAUUAAAAACUAAGUAGCGAGAGAUGCCAAAGGAUGAAGCGGUUUAAUUAACACACAACAAAAGAAAAUACAAGAUUAUUAUUAUAUUAUUAUGAUGGUGAAUGUUGAUAAAAUAAUAAAAAAUGGUAUAUUAUAAAA